GUUUGUGUUGUCGAUGCAGAAAGCAAUGAAAAAAUUCCUUUAUUUUCGAGCUAAACAUGUGAAAAAAAGUUUUCGCUUAUAAUAGGGGCUUUGAUAUGCUAACUAAAGUGAAAUGGGCUUUUUAAAAGUGAAUUUUGGCCCUUUUCUUUGGUUAUUCUUGCAAUUUUAGUUUCGAUGCUCUUGUGCUUGUUUUCACCAUGGAAAUCGUCAGUGAAGGAAGUUUGGAAUCAAUCAGUCGUCCAUCAAGUACAGCAAGUGAAAAAGGAAGGCGAUCAAGCCGAAAAGUGCCUUGUGCACAGAGGCUGCAGCCUUCUAGUUCUCUAGAGAUCCUGCCCCCUGAAGAAAUAAUUGGAAUUCCAAGUGAGCUCUUCUUUGCUCUGGAGAAAGAUGUUGAAGUUGAGGAAUUUGAUGAUGAAGAAGUUGAAAGUGACAGUAACCAUGGCAGUGAAUCUUCCACGGAUGAGGAAGUUGAAGAGUGCUGUGAUGGUUCAGGGAAUCAAAUUGAAGCAUUAGAGAGAGAUGAAGAAUUGUCCCCAARUACAAGCAGAACAGAGAACACCAGCCAAAAAGAAGAAAUUUCUGUGCUCACAGAAGGAGAAGAUAUCGAUCCUCAAAUCAAAGAGGGAAUGGAAAAGAUAAAGAAACUUGAUAAAAUACUUUCUGAUAAAAUGAAGAAAGAAAAAGAGGUUAAAAACCAAAGGCAUCAAAUGGAAAAAGUGUGGAAAGAACAGCUACAACAAAUGGCAAAAGCACAGGGAGAUGGUAGUCAUGGCAUAGUUGGAGCUACCUUACUUGCUUUAGAGCUGGGGAAUGAAGACGUUCUAGGGUCCAGUCGUGACGAUCCUAUUACUCCUGUGUUUGCUACACAGCCACUUGGAACUGAGGAAAGCUAUACUCGAUACCAAAGCUCUUCAGCUUCAGGGAGUAUUACUCGUGGUUCAUCUCGGUCGUCUACACGUGAUGAUGGAGCGAAAAAGAAAAAGAAAGCCGGAAAGAAACAUGGCGAUGGAAGAAGAAACAGCGCCCAGAAUGACGAAGAGAAAACAGACUCAAACAAGAAAGCUCGCAGGACUAAAGAUAAACACAAAGACUCGAUACACGAUUUCAUUCAGCGAAACAAAAAGCUCGCUGCUGAUGCUGCAAACAUAAUCCCUAUGACAGACGACGAAAAGAAAAGACUGGACGAUCUUCUUUCCUCAGAUAUCAAUGAAAUGAUGGAAAAUCCUUACGAUGAUGACAGUCUUCGGUUAACCAGUGGCAUUGGUUUUAGGCCGGACGAGGAAUCUGCACGAGUUCUGGCUGACAUUGAUGAGAAGCUAAAAGCCUUAGUACCGCCCAAUGAGCUGGAAAUGUUGUCGUCGCAUGCACUCACAGAUACGCCGCUGACCCAAAGAUCCGAAGCACUCUCAGAUUCAAGUUCUCAAGCCACUUCAAGACACGUGCUAGAGAACCUAGAUGAUAUUGAUAUUGGUGAAAGAGUCCUUCGCGAAGGAAAAGAGGCUCGAGACAUGCACCAGAGGAUAAUGGACAUCGAAAUGGAACUCAAGAAGCUGAAAGAAAUAUCUGAAAAUGAAACUGAGAACACUAUAUCUCGAGCCCUGUUGGACAAACUCCUCGGAGAAAAUUCGCGCACCACAUCACGAAGCACCACAGUAGCUGAGUCAGUUCUAUCGUCUCUCGCAACGCCAUGCCAUUUAGCUAUCGGUCAGGGCGACCAGACACCCAGUGAUGAGAGGGACAAAGAGGCCACGCCCAGUACCCCUGGUGCUAUAUCAGCCUUGAGUGACGUCACCCUUACGAGUACAGAUGUUGAUACGCCGCGUACUUUAACAAGCGCAAGUUCUAUGGGAACGUAAUUUAUCAGUUAGUAGGAUCUUAAGGUGCGAUUAAGCGGAGAAAUAUUUUCUGCAACUUGUCUCACAACGGCGCUGCGACACAAGCGCAAGCGCAAGUUCUAUGGGAACGUAAUUUAUCAGUUAGUAGGAUCUUAAGGUGUGAUUAAGCGGAAAAAAUAUUUUCUGCAACUUGUCUCACAACGGCGCUGCGACACAAUUUGCAUGGAGCAUUGUAGCGUGUAACUUUCUGCGCAAUUUGAAAAAAUGUCGUAAGACGAAUUGUAGUAAUUGCUGCAAAAAGAAGAACUCAUUUCUACUUUUGGCAACGAUUGCGUCUCCGUCGUACCGUGUAAACACUCUUGCAGCUUGUAUCGCAACGCUAUUGCGAGACAAGUUGCAGGGAGCUCUGUGUAAUCGCGCCUUUAGUACAGAUUUCUUAGGACGGUGAAUAACUCGGAUACAAACGGCCUGCCGUGCCGUGUCCUUUCUUAGCUUCAUACUUGAGUGAACAUUGGUUACAUGGGCUGUAAUUGGCUCAGCGCAUGACUSAAUACUCCGUAGUGUGACCUGGUCAUGUUUUUAACUUAUUUUAAACCCAUCUAUAAUGUAUAUAUUGUGUAAAAUGACAGAUGGGUCAUUUAAAACCAGAGUUGUAUACUAGUGUGAAUAAAUGAUUCAUCAAAUCAG